AUCUGUGUUAUUUCCGACAAAAGUGGGUCAAAAACGUAAAUUUUCAGCGGAGGUCGUUCCGGUGCACUCGACAAAGUGUUUAGAUUGAAAUUGGUGAUCGAAACGUAAAAUCAUCAGUUGAAAAUGGACGAAAAUUCGAACCAAAGUUCGCGAGGCAGUCAACAGCAGCAGGACGACGACCUGGAGGAAUCAAAACAUCGCGAGACGGAAUCGCCGAUGACCCUGGAGUACAACUCCGAUUGCGAGCUGACCGAGGGUGACACACUGCGCAUGGAGGAUUCUGACGAGGAUCAAGAGCCGAAGACCGGUGAAGAUCCCCAAGACUCGCAGGAACCUCCCAGUUCUGCCGUUUCGGAAACAGCUGAGGAGAAGAAGGUCACUCCACCGCGGAGCAGAAUAUCCCGACUGAUCGAUAGCGACUCAGAGGAUGAGAAACCGAAACCCAGCGGAAAUGAGAGUCCCUCUGCAACCACAACUUCGAAAAAGCCGGCCCGAAUCAUCGACAGCGAUUCCGACGAGGCGGACAAAACCGUCACCACACGGCGAAACCUGAUUGCAGACUCGGGCAGUGACUCGGACCAGCUGACGAAACAGAACCAGGCGAUCGACGCCAUCGGGGACGAGAUCGACAAGACCAUGAGCCGACUCAAGUCGUUGGUGGAUUCGGACUCGAGCUCCGGGAAGGAGCAAAACUCCGUUGAGGUCGGUGGCGAAAAGAAGCGUAAAAAGAAGCUCAAAACGAAGAAGGAGCGGUCCCAGGCCAAGGAGAAGAAAACGGACCCGAAGGAUCUGCUGGCCAGUCUCAAUCUGGACUUUAGCGACGACAGUCGCUCAAAGGCUAGCAGUAGCGGCAGCGAUUCCGAGAGCGGAUCUGGCGCCGCCGGAAGUGACUCCGGAACGGAGAAUCAUGACAACAAAAAGAGUCGCAAGACCAAGAAGAGUUCCGAAGAUAAACCGCAACGGAUGUCCGCCAAGGUCGCCGCCGAGCAGAUGAAGCUGAUCCAGAGCGAGUCGCAGCGGAUGGCGCGCGAAGCUUCGGUGUCCGUGCCCUAUCACAAACCGAAGCAGCGCACGCUGGAGGAGUUCCUGAACCGGCGUACGGUUCAAAAUCCGCUCCAGUUCCCCGUAGACGGCCGCCAAAGCCUGGCCGCGGCGAUUCGGAUGCCCCCGGAACAGCUGGAAGCUUUCGCCAAGUAUCUGGAGGAGCGCGAGAAGGAAACGAUCGAGUUCUUCAAGAACGAAAACGUCCAAGAGGAACCCACUGAAGAACCCGUUGAAACGCCGCAGGAGGUACCAGUCUCAGAGCCUGAAGCGACGACAACCCUCCCGGUCGUGGACACGGAACCGAUCGAGUCACUGCGCGUCACCGACACCGAACCGGACGAGCUGGACGCGUUGGUCAACAAAACGUGCGAAAACGCCGAAGCGCUGCUGGCGGCAACCCAACCCUCCGAUGAACCCACCUCUCCGAAACCUUCCACCAGCGGUGUCGCGAUCGAUUACGAUCUCUUUACCCGCACAACGCCCACCUCCAAACUAUCCCAAAAGAAGGCGGAACUCCUCGCGAACGCAUCAAUCCCCGCUUUCCCAACGCUGAAGGGCGGUCCGGAUAUGCUGAUCGACCUCGAUUCCGGCGAGCUGAAGCCGAAAACCCCGUCCGGACCGGACGCCCUGUUCGCGCGGUUCGCCAAGUGCAGCGGCAAGAAGGCGCAGUCGGCCCGCCACUCGCCCAGCGUCAGCAUCCUGAGCACGGAAAACGGCGCCAUCGAGCUGGACACGAUAGCGUUGGUGCGCGAGCAGGAAAGCCGCGAUCCGAACGGCAAGGAUCCGAUUCCGGGGGCUGCUUUCGCCAAGCUGCAGGCCGGCUUGCGCGAAAAGAUGGCCAAGAUCCGGAUGGAGGCGCUGAAGAAGCGGCUGGAGGAGCAGCAGGGUGGCAAGAAGCUGGACGAGAGUGAGGAUGAGGAGGAGUGCGAGGAGUUGGAGGUCGAUGAGGACGAAGAGGGGGUUGACGAUGAAGAGCAGGUGGACGGUGAAGCUGGGGAGGUUGAUGACGAGGAGGUCGAGCCAGACGGCGAUGAAGAUCCGGAACAGGAAGACUCGAGUGAAGAGAGCAGUGACGACGAAGACAAGACAGGCGAACCGGAGGAAGUUCAGGGAGAGAAGAAGAAAAGCCGAAUCAUUGCAGCGUUUGAAGAUUCCGACGAGGAAACCAAGCAAGACAAGCAGUCCAACGAGGACGCCACACUGCUCAAGAAGUCCGAAACUGAAGAACUCUUCUCGACGCUGGAAUCGGACAAAUUCACCCUCUCGGACAAGAACAACCUGGAAACUGGCGACACCAUGUCGCUGCUUUGGAAGGAAACCGACGAGCCAUCGGCGGAAGUCGGCAGCGCCACCCAAGCGGACAACGACCUGCUGGCACUGUGUUCGGGGCGGUUCGGAGACACGCAAGCGGUGACAAACGACGCGGCCCUCUUCAGUCAAGCCGGGCCAACUCAGCUGGGCGAUAGCCAGCUGAUGGCGCUCUGUUCGGGCACGUUUGCGACGCAAGCGCCGGAACUAGCGGUUGAGGAGGAGCAAAACAGCGAGGUGGUCAGCAAGGGAAAGCUGGUGAUCGGGUCGUCUGAUGAAGAAGGCGAACCGAAAGAAGGCGACAGCAGCCGUAAGAAGGUCAAACGGAAGAAGCGUCGCAACCUCAACAUCUCCGAUGAUGAGGAAAGCGAAUCGGACCAAGAACUGGACGCUGAAGAACCGAUCGAUCCGGAAGAAAAUGAAGACCAGCCGGAACGGUACGUUGAUUACGACUCGGAGGAGAACGAAGUCGAGGUGGUACUGACCAAGAAGGACAAACAAAAGGUCGCGAACGCGUUCCUGGAAAAGGAAGCCGAACUGUCGGAAUCCGAGUGGGGCAGCGCAGACGAAGACGAAAAGGACCUCGAUCGGUACGACGUCGAGGUGGGAGACGAGGAACAGUUCGACCAAGACCAACUGCAGCAAGACUUGGGCCGUAUCCACGCGCGUCGCCUCCUCGAACAGGACAAAAAAGAGGUUAAAAACCUGCAGGACAUGUUCUUCGAGGACGAGGAAAAGGACGGCGUCGGGAGGGAGCGCCAGUUCCGGUGGAAGAACGUCGAAACCACGUUCAGCCUGGACUACGACAAGAAACCGGAAGAGGGUGGUGAAGGGGAGGCCGGUGAGGAGGAAUCGGAGGCCGAGUGGCGGAAGAUGCGCCACGAGCGGGAGACGCUGCUCAAGGAGAAGAACAUCGAUCUGGACGAGGUACACCUGACGGAUACGACGCUGCUGGACAAGACGCUGGAGGAAGAGGAAAACGAUUCGGGGGUGACCAACACGGCGGUGGCGUCGACGACGUUGACGACCACGAUGGUGCACACGAAGAAGCGGAUUACCGUGGUGAGGUGCAAGAAGAGUGCGGAAGCUACGACGCCCAAGGAUUCGCCGUUUCUGAUUACCAAGUCGUCGUUUGUGCAGGGCAACAAGGCAUCCUUCCUGACACGUGACGCGAGCACGCUGAACAAGCUGGCCAGCCUGGUCAAGACGAACCCGGAAGCGGAAGGAACCAACACGGUAGCCGCGAGCAAGGGACGCAACUUUGUGUUUGCGACCGUUAGUCCGGCGGUGGAUAAGAUGGGUUCCAAGCGGUCACUGGACGCGGUGGACGCCGGCGAUGACCAGAGUGCCAAGAAGAUCAAAACGACUGACGCGAGCAAGGACGGCAACAAAACCAAGAAGCGACUUCUACUUGGACUUCUGUAGGGACGAUUGAUUCGGCCCAAAAUGUACAGCAAUAUCUCUUACUGGUUUAAGAAUAGAAUAAAUAACGACCAUUAAAGACUUUCUUAUAACAAAACUAA